CCUAGGGCGAUCUCCAGUUCUGAGAAUCCAAAGGGCGUUUUGUAAUCGGGCGAUUGGGGCAGGCGCCUGUGCAUAUAUAUAUAAGAGGUCUGUGCGUUGUGAAUCUCCCACGCAGUUCGCCUGGAAGGAAUCGUCAAAAUGUCCUCGACAUCACUACUUCUCGUCCUGUCGGUGCUGGUCGCGUCCUCUCAAGGGCUACCGGCGACUGGUCGUCAGUCAGCCUCCCUUGAAAAGGCCUUCAGUCACCGCCCUACGAUCGAGUCCAUCAUCAGCUGCUUCGUCGGGAAAACACAGUGCUCUCCUGAGCAACAACAGAUCAAGUCCCGGGCACUGGCCACCAUGCGCAACUUCGGCACAUGCCCAGACAACGUGUGUAGGCCACAAGAACGCAUAGAAAUGGAGAGGGCCAUGGAGCUAUUGCAAAGCCAACACCCCGAUCUGUGGGCCGGUCUCAUCUUCGCUGUCCUCGGCAUCGACAUUAAAGGCUUUUGAAAAAAAAGCAGACGGACAGAUACUCGUCAACGCUAAGAAGUAUUUUAGGUCACAUAGGGAAGACUGUCGUGUUUUAGCGUCAGUUGUUGCUGUAUGUAGCUACAGCCGUUACAUUUUUACCGAUAAUUUCCGUAUUUUCAUAUUUAAAUAAAAGACGAAAUAGUUUUGGAAUUUGUUGUUGUCCCUGGAUUACCCUUGUCCUGUGGAUAGUGAUAAUUAGAGCCGUAUUUCUGUUGUUACGAACUUACGAGCCAUUAUUAUUCAAAGACAUUUCUCAACUCUUCAAUAUCUUUACUUCCCACGUGCUCUUCACCAUAGGCUUUUCUUCUUGCGGCCAGUAAGUGAGAAACCAUCAGUUCAUUAUUACGUUUCGUCCGUGUUUAUGUUCAUCGCUCGUGAUUCACUGGUGACAUGCUAUUUGAAUCCCCUGUUUAAGGGGGCGUCACACUUCAAAUAAACGUGUCUCGAAGACACCUUGGUAACUUGUUGCAUAGACAUAAUACGAUUAUCCAGCAUUGACCUAUGUUGUGUGGACGUCCUUUAAAACAAGAGAACGAAAAGGCAC